UUAGAAUCCUAGUAAGCUUAUAUCGUAACUUGGACCCAACCAACCACAAGUUGCCAGACCGAAAGCCCCGCGGUCGGUCUUUGCCUUGAGCAAUAACAAUUGCGCGUUACUUAUUCGACGGUAUACCGCAAUGAAUCCACGCAAAAACGCUUCAACCAGAGCUAGAGAUUGAAGGAAACCAAGAGACAUGUGGCGGCGCGUGACUUCACUUUCUCCAGUGAUCUCCACCUCGAAAUCAACCUCAUUUGAUCAGGCAGCUUCUGGCUUCAAGAUAUGGAGAUCAUCAUUUAGUACAGAGACACCCACUAUGGUAAAAGAUGCAACUACUUCGUUCAAAGAGAGAAACCCAUUUAUUACUUUUGUCCUAGGGGGUCCUGGUAGUGGAAAAGGCACACAAUGCCAAAAGAUUGUUGAAACAUUUGGAUUCAAACAUCUGAGUGCAGGAGAGUUGUUAAGGAGAGAAAUAGAGUCUAACAGUGAAAAUUGGUCCCAGAUGCUUAACACAAUUAAAGAAGGCAGGAUUGUUCCUUCAGAAGUGACUGUCAGACUCAUCCAGCAAGAGAUGGAAUCAAGUGACAACAAUAAAUUUCUCAUUGAUGGUUUCCCACGAACUGAGGAGAAUCGAAUAGCAUUUGAACAAUUAAUUGGGCUUGAACCGAAUGUUGUGCUUUUCUUUGACUGUUCUGAAGAAGAGAUGGUCAAACGAGUGCUAAACCGCAAUCAGGGCCGAGUUGAUGACAACAUAGAUACAGUCAAGAAACGUCUUAAAGUGUUUGAAAUCCUAAAUCUUCCUGUUAUUGACUACUACUCCAAGAGAGGGAAACUUCGUAAGAUCGACGCAGUGGGAACAGAAGAUGAGAUUUUUGAAAAAGUCCGCCCUAUUUUUUCUGCUUGUGCUGGGAAAUGAACUGAAAAUUGUCAGUCAAGGCCGAGCAUCAAAAGGUUCCAGUAUUUAGUUGGACUUGCAACCUUUUGGACUGCAAUGACUCUUAAGUAAGUUGGCAAACCUCUGUUUUCUUAAAGGAGUGAAAUUAUCAGCCAAAGGAUUAUUUGAACUGCACAGUGACAAACAUUUCUCAGCCUCGAGGAUUAAGCUUCUUUUCAGUGUCUAAUGGUUUUACGGGUGCCUGUACAUUGUUCAAGGUGCAAGAAACCCUUGAAGCCAACCUGUUUCAAUAAGUGGAAUAAAGUGGGUGCAGGUAAACUCCAAUAUGUGAAUGAUCAACAGAAAACACAAUCAGCUUUAUACAAAGUUGUAUGCUUCUAGAUGCUCUCUUUUCUUUUUAGAAAGUUUCUGAAUGGAAUGUUCCAAAUUAUAUGAUCUUAUUGUUCGCAGCUAAUGAGUAGAGAGACAUCUAGUAUUUUACGUCAGACUU